AGAGGGGUGGGGCCACUGAAUCUGGAAACUGAAACUUUUUCCUGAAAAACAGCGAAGAACAAGAUCAGACACACACACACACACAUACUCACAGGGUGUGGUGCUACAAGUGUGUGAGCUUCCAGUGUGUGAGCUGCCCUGCAAGUCCUGCAAGUGUGUGAGCUGUGUGUGAAAAUGGGUGAGGACGGAGUCCAGGCCGAAAGGAUCAGCGUGGCAAAUGGACAUGAGAGCCAGGAGCUGCACGUCCCGGACCCAGUGGUGGACGCCCCUCCAACACACACCCUGCUCCAGCCUGAGCCUGAUGGCGUGUGUGCCAUCACGGUUCUGACUCUGCUGGACCAGCUGGUCAAGAUGCUGGACUGUGUCCAGGAGGACCAGUCCCGCCUGGAGCAGCGGCAGGCCCAGGUGGAGGGUGCCGUCCGUGGAAUCCAAAACAACAUCACCAAACUCAGCAAGAGCCACAGCAGCACCGCCAACACCCUCAGCAAACUGCUGGACAAGAGCCGCAAGGUCAGUGUCCACAUGAAGGAGGUCAGGGACCGCAUGGAGAAACAGGCCAUUCAGGUGAAGAAGCUGGAGGCGAACCACAGUCACCUAAUCCAAAGGAACAACUUCAGAGUGCUCAUCUUCCAGGAAGAAAACGAGAUUCCGUCAAGUGUGUUUGUUAAGGACGCACCACCGUACCCUCGUGAUGCCGACAAUGAAUCAGUGAAUCUUGACCCCAACCGUGUACAAGAGCAGGAGCUCCAGACCAUCCAGCUUUCCUCUGAUGAGGAGUUUGGACCCGAGGAGGAAGAGGAAGACGAGGAGGAAGAAGGAAUAGACUUGACGGAGCUGACUGGAGAGCACAUGGACAAAUCUCGUGCUGAUAAGAUCAAGCGCUCCAGCCUGAAGAAGGUGGACAGUCUGAAGAAGGCCUUCUCCCGGCAGAACUUUGAGAAGAAGAUGAACAAGAUCGUUUCUGCAGAGAAACGUGAGAAGAUAAAGAAGAGCCUUAGCACUAAGGGCACCUCCUUCAAGGUUUCUCCGCUAUUCAGCAGAAAAAAAGUGAAAGAGGUUCAGGAGGAUGUUGAAGCGGAACAAACAGAGGAGACUGAGAGCUUGCCCGGUGCUGCUGCAACUAUCGAGCUCAACCCCAUCAUCAGCCCUGAUGAGAACCUGACCUUCACUGAGGUCCACUCUCAACUGACCCCAGAUCAGCUAGAGGUGAAGGCAGCCAUGGAAGCCAUGGAGAAGGAGGAUAUUGUUAUGGAGAAGGAGGAAGUGGUCAUGGAGAAUGAGGAAGUGGAAGAGGGGGUUAGUGAGGAGUACGCACUCUCUGCCACACUGCCCCAAGGAGCCUCCACUGGAGAGUUUUCCCAUAAUGCUCUACACGAAGAGGAGGUGGAGAAAGAGGAUGAAGAGCAGGUAAAGGAAAGAGAGGAAGGAGGAUACACUCAGCCUGAAGGGGCACUGCAAACACCUUAAAGCUCUUCUUCAGACAUAACCCCCUUCAUACAUUCACAUACAUACAUCCACAUUCUACUACACCUUAAACUAUACCAUUCUGGCAUCAAUAUUAUGCAAUUUAAGGUGAGACAGACAAUUCAAACACGGAAAAGACAGUAAUUAAGAAAGUGAGAGAAAGAACAUAAAGACAGAGAGAGAGAGAGAGAGAGAGAGAGAGAGAGAG